AUGGACAUCCCUGAGAUCCACGACGACGAGGAGUUCGAGCAAUACGAAGUCACGCCGCUGGGGGUGGUCCCGGUGGAGAAAACCUACGAAAACACCGUCGAAUACUAUGAUCUUGGCGACUACCGUGGCCUGGCCAACGGCCGCGACGACGCUAUCCUUUUUUUGAUGCCGUUACGUAACGCUGAGGACGUGUUGCCGAUGGCGUUUUACAACCUCAUGAACCUCACUUACGACCAUAGUAAGAUCGACAUUGCCUUUUUAGUUCUGGACUGCCUGCCCGACGACCGCACCUUGGAAACAGUAUUUACCUACCUGGUAGCGCUCCAAAACGGUACUCUUGUUGACCUUUUACGCGCCGAAGACAAGUUCCGCCAGCAAUCCAAGCUGGGGUCACUGGACUUGUACAAACAGUAUAUGGAAAAACUGUACAUGGACGAGGUCGACAAGGCGUACAAUCCCGACACUCUCCACCACCCCAACUUCACCAAGCCGUUCCGGCUGGUGCUGAUUUUCCGUAAAGAUUUUGGCCAGGUCAUUGGUCAAGGGUUCAGCGAUCGUCACGCGGUUAAAGUGCAGGGAAUUCGACGCAAAUUGAUGGGACGGGCCCGUAAUUGGUUGACGGCGCUGGCGUUGAAGCCCGACCACACCUGGGUCUAUUGGCGUGACGUCGACAUCGAAACGUGUCCCGGCGACGUUAUCGAGACGCUCAUGAAGCACGACUACGAUGUGGUGGUACCAAACGUGUGGCGGCCCCUCCCGACAUUUUUAGGCAGCACUCAGCCCUACGAUUUGAACUCGUGGGAAGAAUCGGAGGCGGCGUUGGAGCUCGCGCUGACAUUGGAUGAGGACGAUGUCAUUGUUGAAGGGUACGCUGAGUACCCCACCUGGCGCAUGCACUUGGCUUACAUCCGUGACCCCAAUGGCAACCCUGACGAGCUUGUUAACUUAGAUGGUGUCGGUGGUGUGUCGAUUCUCGCCCGGGCGGCGAUCUUCCGCCAAGGGGUGAACUUCCCGGCGUUUACAUUUGAAAAUCACGCCGAGACUGAAGCCUUUGGUAAGAUGGCACGCAAGAUGGGGUUCCGCGUUGGCGGUCUCCCUCACUACACUAUUUGGCAUAUCUACGAGCCGUCGGAAGAUGACUUGAAGAAGAUCGCCCGCAUGGAGCGUGAAAAGCGAAGAAAAGGCGGUGCCUCCACCGAGUAA